CUCAAGAUUAUAAUAGGAAGUUGAAAGGCGAUGGAAGAUUCUGCAUUGGUGCCAACAAAACAAGGAGUUUCAGAAUCAUAGGUACCGAGUUGAACAGCUGUGAGAGGCAGUGGGUGAGCACAAGGUUCUCUGUGAAGAGCACAAUCUGCUCCCUCUAUACAGUCUCCGGGUUGCUAUUAGCAGUGCAGAAUGGCCACAACGCUGGAGCCCCCUCGAACAAAGCAGAGACUGGAGGAGCCUCCAGGUGUAAGUGGCAGAGAAGCGUCACGAGCGGGGGGCUUGGAAGCAGGGCCGGGAAAGGAACCUGUUGCUGAUGGCCAGAGACAGUUCACUUGUUCAUGGCAUGUAGACUUUCCAACGGAGGAAGCGGCUGUCAUAGUGUGCAAAACCUUGUCUGUAGACGCAGAGCUGAACCCCACGAAAGUUUUCCGAGAGAUCCGUGUGGCUGGCAAACAACUCCUAGUAUCUUUCGCUGCCUCGGAUGACAGGCUGCUACGAACAGCUGUGAAUGGAUUCAAAGACAUGCAAAAACUGGCUAUCAGAACCCUUGAAGAAUUUGGACCCCAUCUAAUGGAGCCAGCAACGUAGCCUAAUCUAUCUUGUAAUAUAGCCCCUUGAAUCCUAGUGCACGCAGCUCUCGUAGCCCCCAGCAGGAGAUUGUCAGGAGUCAAUGGCAGCAUGCUCGAAUCAUCUUCAUGAAAGCUACAUGUCACAUCGCAUGCCGUGCUAUGGUGCUAUCCUUGCUCACUUCAAUCAUGCCAAG